AUCCCAGAUCUUUAACCGCCACUUGAUUUGAUUUUCCCCAUCUGGAAAGUUCCACACCCUUCUCGUACUCUUCCAGAAAAAUCCUUCUAUUUCUCUGACUUUCUCUUCUCCUCUCAUAAAAUACAUCACUCAUCACCAAGAUCCUGCAAUCUGAGCGAACAACAACAACAAUAACAGUGCCAACUUACCCAUUGCCAAAUAGCAAGUAUUUAUGGACUCGCCUCAAAGUUCCCAGCUUUAGCUGAAGAAGAACAAGAACAAGAACAAGAAUAAGAAGAAGAAGAAGAAGGAGAUGGGUGUGGAUUACUAUAAGCUAUUGCAGGUGGAUAAGAACGCCAAGGAUGAUGAUUUGAAGAAAGCUUACAGGAAGCUUGCCAUGAAAUGGCACCCUGACAAGAACCCGAACAACAAGAAAGAAGCCGAGAACAAAUUCAAACAGAUCUCCGAGGCCUAUGAGGUUCUAAGCGAUCCCCAAAAGAGAGCAAUCUAUGAUCAAUAUGGUGAAGAGGGGCUCAAAGGCCAAGUGCCACCACAUCAAGCUGAUGCUGGGGGACCUGGCGGGGCCUCCUUCUUCCAAACUGGGGAUGGCCCAACAGUUUUCAGGUUCAACCCCAGAAAUGCAGAUGACAUUUUCUCAGAGUUUUUCGGCUUUUCGAGCCCACUUGGAGGAAUGGGAAGCAGUGGUAGUGGAAUGAGGAGUAGUUCAAGGUCCUUUGGUGGGAUGUUUGGGGAUGAUAUGUUUACUUCAUUUGGGGAGGGCAGGCCUAUGAGUCAGGGUCCGCGAAAGGCUCCUCCUAUUGAAAGUACGCUGCCUUGUAGCCUCGAGGAGCUAUAUAGGGGAACUACCAAAAAGAUGAAGAUCUCAAGGGAAAUUCUAGAUGCGAGUGGGAAAACCAUGCCCGUGGAGGAAAUCAUAACCAUUGAAAUUAAGCCUGGCUGGAAAAAGGGAACAAAAAUCACCUUCCCAGAGAAAGGGAACGAGCAGCCAAAUGUCACUCCUGCAGAUCUUGUAUUCAUAAUUGAUGAAAAACCACACAGCACAUUUGUGAGGGAUGGUAAUGACCUGGUUGUCACUUACAAGAUUUCGCUUGCAGAAGCUUUAACAGGCUACACCGUCCAUCUCACAACACUCGAUGGGAGGAACUUGACCAUUCCCAUCAACAGUGUAAUUCAUCCAAACUAUGAGGAGGUUGUCCCAAAGGAAGGUCUGCCAAUACCAAAAGAUCCCUCUAAGAGAGGUAGCCUAAGAAUCAAGUUCAACAUCAAAUUCCCAACAAGGUUGACAGCCGAACAGAGGUCUGGAAUCAAGAAACUCUUGGCGCCUUAAAUUGGAUUGUGGCCACUUCCCAUUGUGAAUUAAGACCCUUUGUGAGAGAUGGCUGUGAUUUGUAUCACUAGUUUCUCUUAAAUUGGAUCAGGGAUAUAUUGCAAACUAAUGCUACCUUACAAAUGUUGUGCGCGUGAGGGAUGCAGGCUCUCUACGUUCUAAUGCAUUGUAUGUUAUCUACCAUUGGUAUUCACCAGCAUUGUGAGAAA